UCCCCUAGCAAAACAAAGUGGAAGACUAAAAAAGAAAAAGCGGAUGGGUCUCCUCACAUCGUGACUUGAUCAACUGGUGCACAGCCACCCAAACAACAUUCCUGAGGUGCACCUUCAGAGCGCCGGACACGAGACCAGACUGACCGCAGGAGAGAGAGAGAGAGCAAAGCGUCGCAUUAUUUUUUAACUCAAACUUGGAACGGAUCAAAUAAUUAACCUAAUUAUUCACCAUGGACCGGAAAUUCACCAAUGUGAUUUUGCUUGGCUUUGCCUUCAUGUUCGUCUUCACUGCCUUCCAGACCAUGGGCAACAUUGAGAAAACCAUCCUGGACAGCAUUAAACAUGAGGAUCCUACCUAUGAAGGCGAUGGGUACACCAGUCUGGCAAUCAUUUAUGCCGUCCUGGCAAUUUGCAACUGGCUUGCUCCGUCCGUCAUAUCUGUUACCGGACCAAAACUUGCCAUGAUUCUCGGAGCAAUAACUUAUUCAUUUUUUAUUGGAACCUUUUUGAUGCCUUCAACUUGGCUUUUGUACGUUGCCUCUGCGGUUGUUGGUGCUGGUGCUGCAAUCAUCUGGACAGGUCAGGGCAGUUAUCUGAUCCUCAACUCUGACUCGACCACCAUCUCAAGAAAUUCUGGAAUAUUUUGGGCUAUGCUCCAAUGCAGCAUGUUCUUUGGCAACACAUUUGUUUUCUUCAUGUUCCAAGGAAAGACCAUCAUUGACAAGGAAACAAGAAGUCUAGUUUUCAUUGUGCUGCUUGUUGUGAGUGCGGUUGGAAUUUUGUUCCUGCUGGUUUUGCGCACCACGGUGUCGUCGAGUGGAUCAGAAGAGGAAGCGCAGACUCCACUUCCUGCUGCAUCUGGUCCUUUAUAUGCCCUGAAAAGAGCAUUUUCUCUUUUCCUCACUAAGGAAAUGAUGCUUCUUUCAUGCACCUUCUUCUACACAGGCGUGGAGCUUUCGUUCUUCAGUGGUGUGUAUAGUUCAAGCAUUGGUUUCACUCAACAGCUUGGAGAAAAUGCUAAGCAGCUUGUUGGAAUGUCUGGAAUCUUCAUUGGUGUUGGAGAAGUUGCUGGUGGAGCUCUGUUUGGUAUUCUUGGAAAGAAAACAAUCCGGUGGGGCAGAGAUCCUAUUGUGAUCAUCGGUUUUUUGAUUCACAUUCUUGCCUUCUUCCUCAUCUUUUUGAACAUUCCUAAUGCAGCACCUCUUGGAGAAACCAAUGAUGAGGCGUUUAUGACCAGCAACGCCGUGGUUGCAAUCCUGUGUUCCUUGCUGCUUGGCUUUGGUGACAGCUGCUAUAACACCCAAAUCUAUUCUAUUUUGGGCGGCAUUUUCCCCGAGGAUAGUGCUCCAGCUUUUGCCUUGUUCAAGUUCACUCAGUCUCUUGCCGCCGCCGCUUGUUUCUUCUACAGCAGCCACACCGGUCUGUACAUUCAGUUGGGAGUCCUUGUUGUGACAGGAAUCAUCGGCACAAUUACCUUCUGCAUGGUCGAAUGGAAGGCAAAGGCUAAGAGCGAAACUGGGUACAAUGGUGAGAUUGGAACUUCUUGUGCGGAGUCUCCUUCCAAGUCUGAAUAACCUGUGGGCCACAUAAAGUAUUUCCGAAAUCUUGGGUGGGCUGUGAUAUACUCUUGUGUAAAUCAGAAUUUUUAAAAAAACUGACGCAGUUUUAAAAUGGUAAACCAAGAUUUCAUCCUUUCUUUCUAUAUAUUCUCACUCAUAAUUUAUAAGAUCUUUUACAAAUUUCAAAUUUUUUUUAUUCCAAGAAAGAGGUGCUCAAUGAAACAAAAUGUGUUCAAAAAUUUGCAAUAAUUCCAGUUUUUAAGUGUAAUAUUCUUCUGUACAUUGAUAAGUUUUAUGAAUAGCAUGUUUGUCAGUUGAUUAUAUUUCAUGGACACAUUUUUCAUUUGGAGUUAAUGCAUUCAAUACAUACCAGAAAAUGAAUAUUUAAAAUACGUGUAAGGUAUAGUAUCCUUAAAUGUUUUAUGUAAUUCUUAUGAAUGUAAAAGUGCCUCAGGGCCACAAACAAAUACAUCAUGGACCUAUUUUUACUUUAAAAA